AUUUAAUACGAGUAGACAUUGACAUUGAUGCUGUCUUGACAAAUAUCCUCUUCAGAGAAUUAAUUUUUUCGUAAUAACGUAUCGUUUUUAAUUAGUUAAGGAUGUCUGGUUCUGCCCAUAAACAUCGAUAUAAAAGUUCAGCAAUCGACUCGGUAGAACUUAGACGGAGGCGUGAAGAAGAGGGGCUCCAGUUGAGAAAGCAAAAAAGGGAACAACAACUGUAUAAGAAACGUAAUGUUAAUCCCGCUUUGUUACCAGACGAUAGUGAUCCGUUACAGUUAGAGGGUGAUGUUUCCAUACAAUCUUCCACCUCAAUUACCCCGCAAAUGGUGCAGGCUUUAUAUAGUUCCAACAUUGAAGAAAUUUUAAGUGCUACCCAAAAAUUUCGAAAACUUUUGAGUCGAGAACCAAAUCCUCCUAUUGAUGAGGUCAUCGAUACGGGGAUAGUACCUAAAUUUGUAGAGUUUUUGAAUAAUCCAUCAAAUUGUACACUUCAGUUUGAGGCAGCAUGGGCAUUAACAAAUAUAGCUUCAGGAACAUCGAAACAAACCCGAAUGGUGAUCCAAGCGGGCGCUGUGCCCAUUUUCAUAUCUCUCCUUGGAAGCAAAUACGAAGAUGUUCAAGAACAAGCGGUUUGGGCAUUGGGAAAUAUCGCGGGGGAUUCGCCCGAAUGUCGUGAUCAUGUUCUUGCUUCGGGAAUAUUAGUGCCUCUAUUACAAUUAUUGGAUAAAUCAAAUCGAUUAACAAUGACACGAAACGCUGUUUGGGCUUUAUCGAAUUUAUGUCGUGGUAAAAAUCCACCCCCAGAAUUCGUAAAAGUAUCCCCAACACUUCCGGUGCUAGCCAGGUUGCUAUUUCACUCGGACGCCGACGUUUUAUCGGAUACGUGCUGGGCCUUAAGUUACUUAUCGGAUGGACCGAACGAUAAAAUCCAAACUGUAAUCGACGCGGGAGUUUGUAGACGUCUUGUAGAACUUUUAAUGCACCAACAACCCAACGUAGUCUCCGCUGCUUUGAGAGCCGUAGGAAACAUUGUUACCGGGGAUGAUUUACAAACGCAGGUUAUUCUAAAUUGUGGGGCAUUACCAUGUUUACAAAGCCUACUCAAUUCGUUUAAAGAAACGGUACGGAAAGAGGCAUGUUGGACGUUGAGUAAUAUCACAGCGGGAAAUCGGCAGCAAAUCCAAGCGGUUCUUGAUGCGAAUAUUUUCCCGUUGUUGAUUGAUUUGAUGAGUAAAGCCGAGUUUAAGACGCGUAAAGAGGCCGCUUGGGCGAUUACGAACGCAACGAGUGGUGGAACCCCGGAUCAAAUACGAUAUUUAGUCGAUCAAGGGUGUAUACGACCUCUUUGCGAUUUAUUAACGGUUAUGGAUAUCAAGAUUGUUCAGGUCGCUCUGAACGGAUUAGAGAAUAUUUUAAGGUUAGGAGAUCAGGAUGCUAAAAUUCAUUCGGGAACGAAUAGAUACGCGGUUUUGGUUGAGGAGUGUUAUGGCCUAGAUAAAAUAGAGUUCCUUCAGUCGCACGAAAACAUUGAAAUUUACCAAAAAGCGUUUGAUAUUAUCGAACAUUACUUUGGUACAGAAGAAGAAGACGCUAGAGUGGCCCCUUCGGUGGACGUGGAACAACAACAAUACAAUUUUAGUUCGGAUCAGUCGGUUCCGAUGGGAGGAUUUCAAUUUUAAACAAACAAAAAAAAGAAGAAAAAGGAAUUAUUAAAAAGGAAGCGUUCGUAUAAGUUAUUUGAAUUUAUGACAAGAAAAACAAACAAAAAAGAAUUAUCACGAUAAAGUCCCCUAAAUUUCCUCCCUUAAAACAUAUUAAUAAAAAAUAAUAUUAAAAGAUUUAAAUUAAAUUUCUAACCGCACAGAAACAAA